AUGAAGGGCUUGAAAAAGGUCCUUUCCGGUCACCGACGCUCAUCCGAAGCUCAUAGCGAGGGAUACGGCGCUCGACGUCAAGACUCGGUGGAUUCGUUGACUAUCGAUCAAUCGCCAGACCGCAGUUCCCGCUCCAGCCCCAGUCGCGAAUCCCAGAGCGGUGGCUAUAAGAAAUUAUUACCCGGCCACUCCAAGCGCAAGAGGAGGAGAGCCAGGGAAGAAGAACUGCGCGCCGCCGUCGACGAUAUCGACCGUGGUCGGACCCUUUCCGAACCAGAGCUGCCACGGCCUACCAUUAGCAGAAAGGCAAGCACCGUUGGAGAUAGCAGCCUGCUGACCGACGACUCCGAACACGAGGGACCUGUGCGUCCGCCUCUAAUUGACCACGACUCCUAUGCUGGUCUCUUGACACAUUCAUCUCCUCUUGUCAAGACGGAGACAUCGACCGAUAAAAACGCUGCCGGCCUCCAGCUCAACCAUGCCGCUACGGUCCCGGCUCUUGUUGAACCCCCCCACAACGACGAAUCACCAUCGCCCAAAAGUCCUCCGACCAAUGUCUCCUUGCCUUCACUUCCCAGCAUGGGUCUUAUCGACAAGGCUGAUGCACUGCGCCCGGAUAAGAGUAGCGACAGCCUUGGAAGACUGCGCGCGAAGUCACCAGCCCGAAAGUUUCGCGAUGUGUUCUCUAAGGGAAGCAAGAGCCCGCGAGUCAGCCCAGAACGAAAAGGCGAGUCUGUCAGUGGUGUCAACAGCCCACUUGCCAGGAGUAGCACCGUAGGGCUUGGCUUGAAAGACGAUGUGCCGGAUAAACCACAUCACCUUCCACCUCCGAUUUCUACUUCCAAGACAUUGCCGAAUUUGGAGACGGAUUCUCGUCCACUGACGCCGCCGACGGCCAUGAUUGCUACUCCUCUAACUACCGUCACACCACCGACCCCCACGGAUACUCGCUUCAGUGUGUCGAGGGAUGACGACAAGCAAUCCACGGUCUCAGACAAGGACGAUUCCGAGACCAGACCGAACCCAAACAUCACGGUAAGCCCGUCUGGAAACAUGAUCUCGCAUAGGAGAGUCAGGUCAGCCUCAUCUGCUUCACGAGAACCCAGUAAACUGUCCAAUUCCAUAACAGCGCCUCUUACACCAACAAUUGAGGAAGUCAGAACGCCAGCGGGAAGUGUUGUACCCGGAAGCCGCAAUGCGAGCGGAUCCUUCUUUUCCUCGUGGAUGUCAGCCGCGCAGAAUGCUGCUACAACUUUCUCUAAUCUGACUGGACCAAAUCGCAGCAGAGCCGGUACGACUACGUCGGACCCAAUGGGUGGCAAGUCUAUCGACGAAUCCAUCAAGGAAGAACCAGAAGACGGUGCCGAAAUCCCCAAGAAGCAACUUGCGGUGGAGACCAUGGGUACUGGCGAUCUCAAUUUUGAGCACCUAGGCUUGGACGAUGCCAGGGCUGAAGAUGCAAAGUCGAGGAUGGCAGGGUUCCGAGACAGCGCACUGGUGCGAGACAUGGCUGCCGCCAAAGAGGAAGAUGCCCUGGCCAAAAGGGCAGUCUCCGCUGCCUACGAGAAGCCCGAGACUGUUCCAGUCGCCGAAGCUCCAGACUCCGUGGCCCAGCCACAACCAGCCAAGACAGUUGCUGGUUCUUUGUCAGGCGAGCAAACACCGCCCAAUGGCAGCAUUUAUGAAGGGGAGACCAUGUCUGUCAAAAGGACCAACAGUGUCCGAAGUCGCCUGGCCAAUCGUCGAAGUAGAGGUUCGUCUACGGCUACUGGACAAUCCGCGAUCGGAGCCAUGAUCGGAGCUAGUACUGCUGCUCUUGUUAACCCGACAACUGCACCGCGUCUUUCUGGAUUUGCCGUCGCCCCAAAACAGCGCAAUCGCACCUUUCAUCAGGCUUUCAGAAGUGUUCCCGAGGAUGACUACCUUAUUGAGGACUAUUCCUGCGCCUUACAGAAGGAGAUCAUUCUAGCUGGACGCAUCUACAUCUCGGAGGGCCACAUCUGUUUCUCGAGCAAUAUCCUCGGUUGGGUAACCACGUUAGUCAUUUCCUUUGAAGAAGUGGUCAGCAUAGAACGCGAAAACACUGCACUUGUCAUCCCCAACGCCAUUGCAAUCCAGACACUGCACGCACGCCAUACCUUUCGCAGUCUCCUGAGUCGAGAGGCUACGUACGAGCUUCUGCUCGGGAUCUGGAAAGUCAGCCAUCCGGCCAGCUUCCAGAAGAGCCAAGCUGGUAAGGAGGUCAUUGCCGAGGAAGCCACCAAAGAGGCCACAGGGAUAGGUGCCGCUGACGAUAAAAGCGAGGAUGGCGAGGAGAGUGGCGAGGGAGAGUCUGAAGGCAGCGAAGAAGAUGACGAUGAUGAUGACACGCCAAGCUUUGUCGGAAGUAGUGGCAGCCGUGCUGGCAGCGAAGCUGUCGACGUCAAGAGCAUAUCACGCAAAGCCUCUGGCCUCAACGGUGUUCCUGCGGUUCCUGCACCGGCUCCUGGUGGAGCAGAGGUUGCUGCUGCGUCAGCUGCUUUGACCGGGGCAAUUGACGCGCCUCAAGACUUUCCCGGUCCGCCAGCCCACGCGCCUACCGAGUGCAAUGAUAGCAGUACCCACUACGAUAUCAUUAUCAAGGACGAAGUAAUAUCGGCACCCCUAGGAAAGAUCUACUCCCUGCUCUACGGGCCGCAGUCUGGCGUCUUCAUGCGGAAAUUUCUUGUAGACGAGUGCAAGAGCUUGGAGCUUGCCCUUGAAGACGAUAAGAAAGGCCUUGGUGCAGAGAAGCAGUCCCGACAAUACACCUACAUCAAGCCUCUGGGCGGCAGCAUCGGACCCAAGCAGACCAAAUGCAUCACGACCGAAGAACUCGAAUUCUACGACCUCCAGCGGGCUGUUACUGUGACUUGUUCAACCCAAACGCCGGAUGUGCCUAGCGGUAACGCCUUUCUGACCAAGACCCGAUACUGUCUGACAUGGGCUGCGAGCAACCAGACCCGUCUACAAAUGAAUUGCACGAUCGAAUGGUCUGCAAAGUCGUGGCUAAAGGGCCCGAUUGAAAAGGGGGCCAAGGAUGGCCAACAGCAAUAUGGCGACAGUCUGCUUAAGAGCCUCAAAGCCGCCGUCGGCCGGCCACGCGGCCUCACGAGUGCCAGUAAAGGUGCGAAGAAGGGCAAAAAGAGGAAGGGCGAGAGGAGCCGUAAGUCGGAGAAGGUUGAGGCUGUGGCAGCCAAGGACAAUAAUUGGGGUCUACUGGAACCACUGCGGGGACCAUUGAGUCCAAUCGUCGAUGUACUGCGGCCGGUCCUGAAGACGGAGAUACUCAUUGGCGUGCUUUUCUUCUUGGUGACGAUACUUUGGCUCCGCGGUCCAUCCGGUUCAGGGCAGCUUGGUCCUUACGGUGCUGUUACGCAUGGCACCCGCUUCGCAGCAUACGAGGAGAUGUGGCGCAAAGAAGAGAGUGAGCUCUGGGAAUGGCUGGAAUCUCGCACCGGCUUGGAUACCAUCAGCUAUCGAAAGGGCUCCGCCGAUCUUGAUGACGAUCGCUCCAUACAAAGACAGAAACAGAAGCAGCGCCAGAAAGUGCUCAAGGGCAAAGACGUGGCCAGUAAGCUGCGAGAGGAAACCAUGGCCGAAAAGGAAGUUGAAGAGGCCAUUCGCAUCACUCGGGAGCGACUAGAGGUUCUCGAGGGUGUUGUCAACAGUAAGAAAACGAAAAGGGAUGCUCAGGAGGCGAAGUGA